GCGUCGCUGCGCUUCGACGGUGCUCUCAACGUCGAUGUGACCGAGUUCCAGACCAACCUCGUGCCGUACCCGCGCAUCCACUUUAUGUUGUCGUCGUAUGCACCGGUCAUCUCGGCCGAGAAGGCGUACCACGAGCAGCUCUCGGUGGCCGAGAUCACCAACUCGGCGUUCGAGCCGGCGUCGAUGAUGGCCAAGUGUGACCCGCGCCACGGCAAGUACAUGGCGGCGUGUCUCAUGUACCGCGGCGACGUGGUGCCCAAGGACGUGAACGCGGCCGUGGCGACGAUCAAGACGAAGCGCACGAUCCAGUUUGUCGACUGGUGCCCGACGGGCUUCAAGUGCGGCAUCAACUACCAGCCGCCGACGGUCGUGCCGGGUGGCGAUCUCGCGCGUGUCCAGCGCGCCGUGUGCAUGAUCUCCAACACGUCGGCCAUCGCCGAGGUCUUCUCGCGCAUCGAUCACAAGUUCGACUUGAUGUACGCCAAGCGUGCGUUCGCCCACUGGUACGUCGGUGAGGGCAUGGAAGAAGGCGAGUUCUCGGAGGCGCGCGAAGAUUUGGCCGCGCUCGAGAAGGACUACGAAGAAGUGUCGGCCGAGACCGCCGAGGGCGAAGGCGAGGAAGAGGAGCUCGGCGAGGAGUACUAACUAGACUGCGCCAAAAAUGUAAUCAACACAUGUCCUCAUGUUUCAAUUGUGU